UCCAGAAAACAAUGAUUGUGCAAUCGUCAAGAUCGCCUGCGAUUGAUUGGCGUCUGGGUCUACCAAUCGGAUCAAUUUUCAAAAACAGGUUGCUCAAUUGUUCUUUUCUGAACGUAGCCAUUUUAUUACUAUCUAUGCAGUAAAUUUCGCAUCUCGAUUUAUUAAAGUUGGCUAAACUGAUUGCGUAACCGUAGACAUGGCUGCUUCCUUGAUUAGGACAUGUACGGAGUUCAGUUUACUGAGGCAACAACUCUACGAAUUUGUCAGAAGUGACAAUGUAAAGAAACGUGUUUUGUCUCCUUUAUUUUUCACAUGCGUGCAAUGCCAGCAUUAUCAUGUGACGCUACAAUACUUUAAAAAUGCACCAAGGCUAAAGAACCAGAAUAAUUUCACGCAAUUGAAGCCAAAAAAGAAAUUGCCAGUUGUGGAUGUAUGGAGCAGAAUGACAGUAUCAGAGCUGGCAGAAUCUGCAGAAAAGAACAUAGAUGACAUUCUUGAAGCAAUUUUUAUGUCCGAUUCAGUUAGAAAUUAUAAUAAAAAUACUGUUAUAGAAGAUCAGAAUGUAUUGUAUAGUGCUGUACGGAAACUUGGGGCAAAAUUUAGAGUAAUUUCUAAACCAGAUAACAAAGUAGAAAAGGACAAAAAAGAUGAUAAUGCAGUCAAACGGCCUUUACCAGAUGAAUCUGUAUUGAUAAAACGUCAUCCAAUAGUAACAAUUAUGGGUCAUGUUGAUCAUGGAAAAACUACAUUGUUAGAUACAUUACGUAAUACAUCUGUUGUGGAAACAGAAUUUGGUGGUAUCACUCAACAUAUUGGAGCCUUCAAUGUAACAUUGAAAACUGGAGAAAGAGUUACAUUUUUGGAUACUCCUGGACAUGCUGCAUUUAAUCUUAUGCGAAUGAGAGGCGCACAGGUAACCGACAUUGUGAUACUUGUGGUGGCAGCGGAUGAUGGUGUUAUGGAACAGACUGUAGAAAGUAUACAAAUGGCAAAAGCCGCCAAUGUUCCAAUUAUUGUGGCCAUCAAUAAAAUCGAUAAACCUGAAGCUGACAUUAUGAGAACACAAAAUAUGCUGGCACAACAGGAAAUUCAGGUAGAAGCAUUAGGUGGAGAUAUUCAAUGUGUUAAUAUUUCGGCGUUACAUGGGACUAAUAUAAAUACUUUGACAGAGGCUAUAGCAUUACAAGCCGAGCUCAUAGAAUUAAAGGGCGAUCCAACAGGAUUAGUUGAAGCUGUUAUAAUCGAAUCCUCUGUCGAUCAUCAUCGCGGAAAAUUAGCGACAGUUUUAAUUCAACGCGGCACUUUGAGAAAAGGCGCAUUUCUUGUGAGUGGGUUAGUAUGGGCUAAAGUCAGAGCCAUGUUCGAUCAUUCCGGGAAUCCAAUUGUGGAAGCUAAAUUGUCCGAUGCAGUGCAGGUUAUUGGUUGGAGAGAUUUACCUUCUGCUGGAGAUGAGGUGUUAGAAGUUGAGAGCGAGAAGAGAGUACAUAUGGUAAUGCGAUAUAGAGAAGCUCAAAAAGCUACGCAGCUAGCACAGGAGCAUAAGAUUGCAGCAGAUAAGAAGCAUGAAGAACAUUUGAAAGAAUAUAAGGAACUUCGAGAAAAGAGACGAUUGCUUGGAAGAUAUCGCAAGUUAUCAAGUCCUGUUAAAGUAGAAGAACCUGAUGGUAUACCUAAAAUCAAUAUUAUCGUAAAAGGUGACGUUGUCGGUUCUGUAGAAGCUAUAUUAGAUGUUUUUAAUACGUACGGAAGCGAUGACAAAUGUCGAUUGAGUGUAGUCCAUUACGGCGUCGGACCUAUCACAGAGACAGAUUUGCAAAUAGCAGACGCAUUCAGUGCCAUCAUAUAUCCUUUUAAUGUGGGCAUAUCGAAAGACUUGAAACAAGAAGCUGAUAAAAAAAAUAUAUCGAUCCGUCCAUAUAAUGUAAUAUAUAAACUUAUUGACGAUGUUAAAAAGGAAAUAAAUACUAAAUUACCGUCGUUAGAUACUGAAGAAAUAAUAGGCGAAGCAAACGUACUGCAAGAGUUUGAAAUCACGGAAAAGAAAAAAAAAGUAAAGGUCGCAGGUUGUCGGUGCACUAAAGGCAGUCUAAAAAGAAAUGCAAUGUAUCGAUUAAUACGUGAACAGGAGACUCUCUAUACUGGAAAAUUGGCAUCGAUGAGACAUAUGAAAAAUGAAACAGAUACCAUCAAGACUAAUGUAGAAUGUGGUUUGAGAUUUGAAGAUCCUACAUUGUCUUUCAAACCUGGAGAUAUUCUCGUUUGUUAUGAAAUAGGUCAGAAAUCGCAAGAGACUGAUUGGGAUCCUGGAUUUUAAUCUUAAAAAUUAUAAAACUAAAUCAGUUUGGCAAUAUAGAUCACCUUAACAAGAUAUCCGGGGAAAUCACGUGGAGUAUAUUAAGAUGCAUAAGUUUCGCGAAAUCGUCGUUGAAGAUGCUGAUACGCCGAGAGAACGCUACGUUUCUUCUUUUGGAGACGGCAAGGGAUCGAUUCCUGGUUGGCUGUAGUGAUCUUUGUCUCUAACGGUU